AUGUCACUUUUUCCCUUCCGUGAGGAACGUCACAUUGACCAGCUGUAUGAGACAGAUGACAUUUAUGACUUUAUUGGGCGUGGGACAUUUGCCUCUGUUUUCAAGGCCGUGAGUCUCGUAGAUGGGGAAAGUAUCCGAAAAGGAGAAGUCGUUGCACUCAAGGUAUUUAAUAAGCGUGAUCUUACCUCUGAAAAGAUGCGCCUUGAUGUCAUUAAUGAAGUGGAAGUACUUCGGCGCAUUAAGCACGCAAAUUGUUUGCGUCUCCUGGAUUAUUUUCAUACCCCACUUCAUGUCGUUAUUGUAACCAAUCAUGUAGAUGGUACAGAACUCUUUAAAGCUCUACGCGAUACCGUUUUCUCUGAACAGCAAGUGCGGUCAGUGGUACAGCAAUUGCUAGAGGCCUUGGAUUACUUACACAGUGAGGUGGUAGUGGUACAUCGUGAUGUUAAGCCUGAAAAUAUAUUAGUCACACCCAUGGAAGAUGGUCAAUAUCAUGUGACGCUGGUGGAUUUUGGUCUCGCAAGGGCAUUUACACGGAAAACAGCCCCUCGUCCUCGUUUAGGCGGUGGACGGUUUUCUUCUAUUUCUAUGCAUGACCCGAGACGAUCCUCCUCUGUGGAGUCUUUGGAUUCUCACUGCGACAGUCCUCUCAUUGCUACUCCGUGUGGAACUUUAAAUUACGCCGCCCCAGAAACUGUGAAGAGUCUUACGCAAAGCAGUCAACUUUCCACUACAGCAGAUCUUCUUCCUCGAAUGGAUGUGUAUGCAGUAGGGGCUAUUUUAUAUGUUAUGUUAGGUGGGAAAUUACCGUUUCAUCACUCUGGGAAUAAAAUGCAACUAGUAAAGGAAAUGGAAGCCGGACCAUUAUUCGCCGAACCUCGAUGGACGAAUGUUCCACCAGAGGCGAUUGAGUUAACAAGGGCUCUCUUACAUUUUGACCCAACCAAACGACCACGAGCAAGAGAAGCUCUUCAAUUCCUAUGGUUUCGCACUGAAGCUGAUGAUGAUCACAACCCUGUGGUGAUGGAAGAUACUUGGCCAAUGCCAGUAAAUGAACUUGUGGGAGAUCGAGAAUAUGUCAGACGGGCAUUUGAUGCUAUGAAACAACCAGAAAACUCAUUAUAUGAUAAUACUAGUACACCUGUGGGUGGUCGUUGUAUUAGUGUUCCCUUUGGCAUGCAACGCUCCUCUGCGACCUCAUACUUUAAAUAUUGUUCGUAG